AUGCAAACCAAUAAAGUUGUUCUGCUCAUCGCAACUGGCAUCGUAGGUGAAAAUUUAAACGAGACAAAUGCGGUGUCAUGGUUGGAACAAUAUGGUUAUAUUACCACAAGUGAAACUGCACACACUGAUAUUACUGAAACACUACAAAAGUUUCAAGAAAAAUAUAAUUUAACUGCGGAUGGAAAAUUAAAUAGAGAAACGAUGGAGUUAAUGCAGAAACCAAGAUGUAUACAAGGAGAUAAUGCUUACGCUGUAAAAUCAUCAUGGAAAAAAUUUGAUAUAAAAUGGUAUUUUCCACAAUUUACCAAAGCAGCACUACUUUCGAUAUAA